AUUUGCAUAAAAUAUAUAUCCACUGAAAUCUACUUUUCGGCAACCCAUUUACUGAUGAAAUAAAUAUCGAACUGGCAACACUGAAUCAGUGUCAUGUCAGUGUAGGUAUAUGUUUUGUUGUGAAUUGUUUUGAAAAAGCGUUUUUACAGCAAAUUCAUAAAUAUUUCAGAAUUAAAGUUAGAUCGCAAAUAAUUUCUAUAAGCUCAUUUUCCAAUUUAAAACACAGUAAUGUCGAAGCGGAUACUUAGUGCUUUGAACUAUCCCCAAGCAGAAUCAUUGAACUUGAAUGAUGAGGCAACCUUCAGGAGAAUUAUUGCUUGGUUGGAAAUAAAUAUAAUAAAGCAAGCUCCGAAUGUUAUUGCAAAUAAUCUUAAGAACAUAACUGCAAGGGAUUGGGAUGAAAUAUACAAUAGAUAUAAAGACUCCUUAGGCUGCCCACCUGUAGGAUCUAAGCUUGAGGAACUACAAUGGAUACUUGGAUAUGCUGCACAAAUUGAAACUAAUGAUAACAGAAGUCUUUACUUGAAGCAUGCUGUGGAAAAUAUGAAAAGCAAGAAUGUUCCAGAUGUGGUAGCUGAAAAUCCUUUGGAUAAACUAAACUUUAGAAGCAAUGAAUUUGUAGAUGGUGUAAAUGAACUGGCGAAAAUUCUGAAUACUGUUCCACACCCUGAUCCAUUGAUUACUCUCAGAGCUGUUAGAAAAGUAAUUGUGAAGAGGAUGGCUCCUGAUUGUGUAGAACAUGCUGAAAAGUACAUUGUCAAGGUAAAUGCAAUGACUUUGUGCACUUGUCUGGCAUGGUUUUGUGUAUAAUAUUGAGUUUUAGGAUUUUGCCCCAUCCCCCCCAAGAAUAUUUGCUACCCCCACUCUAAGUUUUGGGGGCUUAUAUGCUUUCAAGGAAAGUUGACUCUGCCAAUGGUUAGUCCUUGGGAUUAUUAGCUUUGCAGUUUUAAAAUGCUGUAACUAGUUAAUAAUUUCCUUUUUUACAGGGUACACCAUUUCCAUUUGAAGAGCAUGCUCUUGGUUUUGACCUGAAAGAUCCUGUGUUAAAUAGGGCCGCAAAAAUUAUGCGAAUGAUCUACAUCCAAGACUUGAGAGAGCUCCAAACAAGAGCCAAUGAGUUGAUUGUGGCUGUGCAAAACAUUACUGCAAAUCCUAAAACUGAUACUAAACUUGGAAAAGUUGGUUACUAGGAAAACCUCGGUCAACACAAACAUUCUUUCAACUAUUACAAAUUGAAAACAAAGAUUGUAAAUUGAAUUUCUUAAAAUUUUCCAUUGGAUUGCUUUUAAAGUAUGACCUUAUUGAAGUAUUGACCAUAUUUAUUAAAAUGAGUUUGUAUUGUGACUUGUAAUAAAAAACACAUUUAUGAAUAUAUCACAUCUUAUUAAUAAAUUAUUUAUAAAAAUAAUGAAAUAAAAAUAUCAGUUUUAAA